GGGCGGCUGGCGGAAGGAUGGAAGCUAGAGCUGCGGUGGUGGGUGCGCGGUCCCUGGAGCCCCUUGAUUUUGGCAGUUCUGCUGAUAUUAUUAAACUAAUACCUAAGGAUCUAUUUGCUGAGCUAUGUGAGCGAAUUAUUCAGCAUCUUCAUGGUCAGAGCCCAGGUGUAGAUACAGUAGAACUAUGCCAGAGAUUUCAAACAGCUGGAGUUGAAAUGAAUGUUGCUGACCUGGCAGAGAUAAUUAAUGUUGUUUCCUUUUUAUUCGGCACAGCGGCCAAAAACAACCUGUCUGCAGAAGAACUCUCCGCUGGUCUGGGUAAUGCAAUGAGUACGCUGCCAAAACAUGCCAUUCAGGUUAUUCGCCAUAUAUGGAAUGAACAGGGUAAAUUUAUCAUUAUAUCAGAAGAUGCUAGAAAUAUGGCUACAGUGGGACAGAUUAUAGAUAUUCGGUGGAAACUGGGAAUGGCAGUGAGCUCUGACAGCUGUAGGUCUCUUAAGUACCCUUACGUUACAAUGACACUAAAAGUGGCAGAGCCUUCGGGCCAGAUAAUGAGCAAGUCUUUUGAAAUGACAAUCCCACAGUUCCAGGACUUCUUCAGACAUUUCAAGGAAAUGGCAGCUGUUCUUGAAACAGUUUAAAUACUUCAAAGACACACUUUACUUGAUCCUAAUAAGCCUUCCUAUCUUGCACAAGUAAUUGUGUUAAUGUUUAAGUAAGGUAUGUAGUCUCAUGGUCUUGUCAGAAUAUUUUCCAAUAGCUUCCUUUUUUUUUUUUUUGGAUCACACUGAAAGCUUUUUUUAUGUAACUUUUCUUCUAAAUAUAUGAAAGAACAAACUCUUGCAAGGUGGCAAUCUGAGUAAAAGUGUAUUUAGCUCUAUUCAGGCAGAAGAUUGUGCUACGCAGCUAAGGACAUGGCACAACCUCAAACUUUUCCUACUGUUCAGCAGCAGAAGCUAUGUACCGUAUAUAAGCUCUGCAAUGUGGAAACACCCAUGAAAAUGCUAACUGAGGAAACUACUGGAAGAAGUGUAAACCCCAUGUUUACACUUUUCUCUAAAAUCAUGCCAUUGAUGUGCACAUGGAAUCAAUUAUAUCAUUAGCUAUGUAGAGUACAUAAAAUUACAGUCAGCAAGCAUAUUGUUAGUCAUGAAGAAUAGUGUCGUCACUGAACUGAUAAAUUCCAGUUAUAUCAAGUAGGUUGGAAGCCUAACAUUACUCCCUUUUGUUAAUUACUGGAGAACAUCUUCCAUCAUUCUAUUUAAUAAAUUAUUGUUACUUCAAUGUAAGAUUAGUAUCACUGAAAUAUUUCCAUAAAUCUAGAUUUACCAUCUCUCCUAUUGCAGUAAAUAUCUCUAGUAACAAAGAUCUAAAAUCUUAGUUCUGUGCAGGGAAGUUAACAUUGACUGACUAAGGAGAAUUUGUAGGUAAGUUUAAAUUUUAAAAGUGAACGUGCGUUCAAAAAAUAGCAAAUAGAUACAGUUGAUGGCACAUUAUUUUGUUGCAUAUAGAACAUUAUAUAUGUUCUAUAGUAAAUCCAACUUUAAACUUGUGGCAUUUACUUACUAUUCUGAGUUUUGUUUCCUAAUUAAACUGGAAGUUUGAUGCAGUUGCAUCACUUGGUAUUCUGAACUGCAAAUCUGAAGUCAAGAAAGGUCAGCCUGAGCUAAACACAUCACUUACGACAAUAUUAAAAGUCUGACAUUCUCUUAGCUUCGGCAUACCUCUACCCCGAUAUAACGUCACCCGAUAUAACACGAAUUUGGAUAUAAUGUGGUAAAGCAGUGCUCCGGGAGGCAGGGCUGCUCGCUCUGGCAGAUCAAAUCAAAUCCGAUAUAAUGCGGUAAGAUUUUCUUGGGUCCUGAGGAUGGCACCAUAUCGAGGUAGAGGUGUACUUUUUCUGGUAGGAGUCCACAGGACUGCAUUGCUGUCUGUCCAGAGACUGGUUGUCCUGUUGGUCAGCAGUAAAAUUCUGACUUAGUGGCUAUCUGUGAUCAAGAAUGAGCGUUAACUUGAAAUAUGGAAUAAUUCGGCUUUCCAUUUUUGAGUGUCUUCAUAUAAACAGAAGAAUUUAAAAUGGGGGAUUACAACGAAAUGGAAUUAGACAUACUGAAAACGAAAUAUUCUGACAUAAGUAUGCUGCUGGUGUUCAAAUCAGAUCAUGCUUUACUUGUGCAGUGGAGCAAAUAAGUCUUGUAUGAAAACAGAAUGGAGGAGGGUUACCUGACUCAGGCUUAGUCUUGAUAAUUAGACUAGAUUAAAUAGGCUGAGGCAAGCAAUGGGAAAAAAGUUGGCAACAAUCAUCUAUGUGCUACUGACAGAGGGGCUACAUCCACCAUUUGACCUACUUUCACAAUAUUGAAGGUGGUUGGAACAAGAGCUGCUUUUAGAAGAUCAAGUAGCAGUGGCUAGAAGAGUUCAAGCUCUUCUUUCUGAUGCAGCUUUUGCUAUCCUGAUCGCUGCCUUUUGUCACCUCAGGACAAUAUGAUUGCAAUGCACUCUGUGUUGUGAUUGCACUCUGGAACCAUUCAAACUCAAGGCUGUGCAGAGUGUAUCUGCUCCUUUGAGCAUAAUGCAGGGAGUAUAGCACCAAUACUCAGAGUUGCACUGGAUUCCAGAUGAACUGAAAGAUGAUGGGUUUAACCUUUUAAAACUAAGUAGUUUGGGACCUUACUUGAGGGACUGUCUGUGCAGUUCAGAUCAGUAGGCAUACGCAUGUGGCAUUUGAUUGAUCUGCUUGUACGGCCUCUAGAAUGUACUUCCUGCCUCAUUCUGCCAGAACCUGGGUGGGCAUACAAAGCCCACUUUUUAUGAGCAUUCAGGGAGAUGGUACAGAGAGUCUCAUCACAUGGUCAGUUGAAGGACAUCUAAAAGAGCCUAAAUUGGUGUUUGUAAUUGGAACCUAUUUUAUUUUUUAGGUAACUGCAUUUAAGAGUUUGGAGGACUGUUCUUAGACAUGUGCAUAGAUGACAGAAAAGUAAAAUAAAACACAAGUAAAAAGUUGAACCAGGAUUUUUGGGGUGACACUUGAUACUUAAAUUGCUGUUACAAACUCUAGUCAGACUUUGUAUAGCUGACAAUGUUUGUGCUGACAUUGGAACAUGAGUGGAGAAAAGACACUUUGGUUAUUGAUGCCUUUUUGUCCAGAAACAUUAAACUAGCAUUAAUAGCAGCUUCUCCAAGUGAAGAUUGAGAGAUUUGGUUACCAGUUCUGUUUAUCUCUCUUCAUGAUGUGGCAGACCUGUGAAAUUGGAGCAAUUUGCAGCAACCCUAUUUCCAGUAGAGACAGGGAAGUGUUAGUACCAUUAUACAAGGCACUGGAUGAAACAUCAUAGGGAAUACCAUGCACAAUUCUGUUCUCCCAUCUUAAGAAAGAGAUGAGUUCAAACUGGAACAGAUGCAGAGAAGGGCUAUUAGGAUGAUCAGAGGAAUGGAAAACCUUCCUUGAGAGGAGACUUAGAGAUUGGCUUGUUUAGCUUUACCAAAAGAAGGCUGAAGGGAGAUAUGAUUGCUCUCUGUAAGUACAUUGCAGGGAUAAUUACCAGGGGAAGAGAGAGGAGUUAUUUAGCCAAUGUUGACACAAGAACAAAUGGAUAUAAACUGGCCAACAACUUUAGGCUCAAAAUUAGGCAAAGGUUUCUAACCAACAGAGGACUAGCAUCUG